AUGGGCCAGGCUAUAAUUCCAGCUUGGAAGAGACUCGGGCUGAAACUCAAAUUUGCACAAGAGGUCCCUGAGACGCUUGUGGUCAAUGCCAAAGUCACAGCGGAAACCCAAGCUACACUUAUUCGGUCAGAGGACCGAGAACACAACACGAUAGAACCACCGAGGAAGAAGCGGAAGACUGAAAGCAAGCCCAAGGAAACUGGGAGACACUCAUCACCUGCUUCGAAACCCUCCCAGGACCCUACAACGAACAACGAGGUGCCAUCAGGAGUGAAUUUGAAGAAACAAGUGUCGUUCACAGCCGACACGAAGGGUGCAUCUGCUACAACAAAUGGCGGCCCCUUGCCCUCUGAAUCGACCAACAGAGAAGCUCAGGCCUCGACAGCAGGCAAGAAGCAGCCUGAGAAAAAGGCCGCCAAGAACUCCCAGCAGCUUCCCGUCCAAAAGGCCGACACAGCGCUCAACUAUCUCACCCAAUACAACGUAGCACGACCAAGCUGGAAAUUCAACAAAAACCGCGAGACUUGGAUCCUAAAACAUAUCUUCUCUGAACGCGAUAUCCCUCGAGACUACGACCUUGCGCUGUCGAGAUACAUCCAUGGGCUAAAAGGCGUGGGCGCGCGCGAACGGCUGAAUAAGCAAUGCAUGGAGUUCGUGGCGAAGGAAAACGACAGGCAGAAUGAUGUCAACGAGGCCGGGGAAUCGUCCAAGUCGGGAAGAGAUGAGCAGUAUGCUCAACGUUUCAAGAGCGAACUGGGCAAUUCGACGACUUCAGAUUCGGCACACGAAAACAGCGCCGACCACAACCUCGAAUACCGAUCUUGGAUCCGAGCGCAGACACGUCCAAAGCUCCUGCUGUUGGCCAUCGCCUUGGAGGAUGAUUCCCUCCACCUGGACGGAUUGGGCCCGAGAUCAGAACCCGAGCAAGCCCGUGGUGCUGGGAACGGGCCACCGCCAAAGGUCAAGAAGAAGAAGAACAGAACCGCAGUUGUCGAUUAUGACAGUUCCAGCUCCAGUUCUAGCUCGGACUCAAGCGAGACUGAGAGCGAGAGCGAGCUACGUGACAGCCAGGUGACGGAUGACCAAACAUUGGAGGACGAGACUUCAAGCAGUGGUAGCGACAGCGAGUCCAGUUCUGACGAUGUGUCUAAGUCGUGA